CUAGAGGCGUUGAUAAGAGCAGAAACAGAAGAGCAGAAGAAGAAGAGGGCGAAGAGGAGGAGGAAGCAACAAACUGACACCAGCGUGCAGGACUACUGCAAACCUGCUUCUUAUAUACAAACCAAAACUGCUGCAAAACAAAACUCGUUACCAAACCAUCUUCUUAUACACCACAGUCUCGGCAACGGUACUGCUACUAGCUGGCUAAAAGACAAUGUCUCGAGGCUGAAUGGAGUUGACAUAACAGUACUCAUUGUGUUGUAGGCUAUGAGUGUGGGUGAUGGAGGACAGUCAAUGUGAGGACUUGGACUACCUGAUCCAGGAUGAGGAUACGCUCAUUGAAGGCAUUAGCAACCAGGUCUUAUUUGUUGUGGUGCUAAGCAUCACCUUCCUUGCAGGCAUCCUCACUUUACUCUGCAGACAAGAUUCGCAGAACAUUCAUCCAGAGAAUCAGGAGCACGUUCGAGCCGUCCGACAACAGCUCCAAACCGAGCAGGAUGAAAAUCCUCAGGCGGAGGCCAGGCAGCAGUACUACACAGACAUGUCUUGUCCUGUGUGUUUACAGCAGGCUGUUCUGCCUGUGGAAACCAACUGUGGACACCUUUUCUGUGGAUCCUGCAUUGUAGCAUACUGGAGGUAUGGCACAUGGCUGGGUGCUAUUAACUGCCCCAUCUGCAGACAAAUGGUGACGUUGCUGUUCCCACUGUUUCAUGAGCACACCACUCCUGAGAGGGUCCAGGAUGGGGGGGCAGAGCCUCAGCUGAUACUAACGGACAUCAUCGAUUACAACCGCAGGUUCUCAGGCCAGCCGAGAUCUUAUAUGGACAGGCUGCGAGAUGUGCCCACCCUGCUUCGUCAUGCCUUCAGGGAGAUGUUCUCUGUGGGUGGCCUCUUCUGGAUGUUCAGGAUUCGGAUUCUUCUCUGCCUCGUGGGAGCAAUCACCUACCUGGCCUCGCCGCUCGACAUCCUCCCCGAGGCCCUUUUCGGUCUGCUGGGAUUCAUGGACGAUUUCUUUGUGAUCCUGCUCCUCUUUGUUUACAUCUCUAUCAUGUACAGAGAGGUGGUUACACAGAGACUGAACGGCUAGAGGUUCACUCACAAGAGAGGCUUGCAUCACUGCGGGCUCCGGGAGGAGUGAGCGCAGCAUCUGAGGUGGACUUGUAAAGACGGAAUGAAUGAAUGAACACCGUCGAGAGGUUUAUUUUGAAGCCUGGAGAGGGGGUGUGAAUAUUCACUCCGUAGAUAUAAUUCACCAUUAAUGCUUCAUAGAUUGAAUGAGAUCAAGGGGAACAACAAUACUACAUAAGACCUAUUAGACUCUGCGGUAAGCCAGGGGAAUCGUUUUGGUCCAUUAAAUGACUUGACGGGCACCCCUAACUGAACACUUAACAGCAAGCUCUGUGUCAGCAUUGCCAGUUAUUUGGUUAAUGAGCAUGAAGACAACUGUGUAACAUAACGUGGUCUUGAAUGUACUGUAUAAACGGCACUGUCUUGAUUAUAUGCAUUUAAAGUUGGCUGCCUGCAUUGAGAUUGUUGAGUGUAGAACCAUCUUCUUGUGGCUAUUGCAGCCGGUUUGGUCCAUUAAACUGAUGAUGCAUUUAUUUAAUUAACCUGUGACUAUGCAUAUUCAUGAUGACAGCUUUUUGUGCUUGUGAGAAAAUCAUUUUUGCUUCCAACUGUUUACAUUUAUUGCUCAGAUCUGAACCUCUCUGCAUGUAUCCACAUGAAGUGAGGAUGCACAGGACAACCAGACUGGUGUGUGAUAACUUUUCAACUGGACGAUUUUUAUUCAAGACAGUAAAAAGUAGUGUUUUGAUCAUCAGAAGAAGGCAAACCAAAGGGAUCCGAUUAAUUAUACGUCACGUUGAAUGUAAACAGGCUCACGUCAUGAAUGUUAACUUACCUUGCCACCUAAAGGUAGUUUUGUGUUCAGAGUCGAUGGGUGAACCACAAAGCUUUUCAGAUUCAUCACUUAAUGUUUUGGAACAUCAGUGUCCUAAUUUGUAACUGUUACAACUUUGUUAGUAAAUUAAAAAAGUUUAUCAAUA